AUGUCAAAAGAUCAACAACAGGAAGGAUCAGCUCAACCACCAUCGGAUUUUUUCAAAUAUCUUCUCGGAAAAUGGAAACGUAAUUUAGAGUGGAGAGAAUUUGGAGGAAUUUAUCAACACCUAUCGACGAGUAAUACAUUUGUUCAAUAUGAAGAAAAUUCAAAAUAUGAAAGUAGUUAUGUAUCGGAUUUGUCAGCAGCAAAUGCUGGAAAUAGAUAUGCAAGAUUUUCAUUCGGAAAUUCAUUACACGAUUUGAAAUUUGCCUAUGAAAUGAUUUUUAGCAAUACUAGUACAACACCUUCAUCUUCACCUCUAUUUUCCAAGUCUAGUUUGAGUUCUCAACAACCAGAAUGUCAAACAUUCCAGUGGAAAUAUCUAGGAGUUGUGUGUAAGGGUGAAUAUUAUUCAUCACCUGGUGUGGCAACUUUUAACGUUGUUCUGCCAACAGCUUUUGUGACAACCACUUAUAAAAUUGUCGAUCAAAAUACCAUGUCAGUAGUCAUUGUAGAAGUUGACGAAAAACAGCAACCAACCAUUCAGUAUGGUAACAUGUACAGAUUAACUCAAUAA